GCACAUUCAUAUGGAGAUUUGGGAGUAUAAAUAGAGGAGAUGAAGCCAGUGCUGAUCAGAUGCACUCUACACAGAGAGAACUACUACAGCUACAGCUAUGGCUCCUACAAUCACUUCCACAGCAGAUUACCCAAAGGAACACCUGAGUCUAAACCACAAGAUAAGAAAACCAGUUGUUGAGAAGAUGCGCAGAGAUCGCAUCAACAGCAGCAUCGAGGAGCUCAAGGCUCUCCUGGGUCCACAGCUCCUUAACCAGCAGCCCGAAUCCAAGCUGGAGAAAGCCGACAUCCUGGAGAUGACUGUUGGCCUCCUGAGACAACAACUCCAGCAAAAGACUCUUCUCUCCACUGAUUCUGUCCACCAGGGAUUGUCCAUGUUUACCCAUUCAGUUAAUGGUCAUUUGGUGCAGGCAAGCCCUCCUACAGUACCUCUGAGCCACUUACAGGCCCUGAAGGCAUCCUCCGAUGAGGACAUGGAAAAGCCGGUCCUAUAUCAGCUUAGUGUGUUGGACCAGCACACACUGAGCAGAGAGAAAAGUCCAGUCAAGAGCACCCCCUGGAGGCCUUGGUAGACACAUCCAGAGCAAGACUCUCCAAAAUGUCUGACCACGUUAGUCAGUGAUAA